UCCUGGAGCUCUGAGGCCAGGACAGGAUGCAGAGAUGUCCCUGCUGCUUGGACGGGGAAACUGAGGCACGGGGCUUGCCGGAAGGACGAGGCUGCAGGUUUCUUACUCAGGACCUCUGGACCGCACCCCUGCGGGUGUCACUUCUCGUCGCCGGACCUCGCCAUGCGGACCCCGCGAGCGCCCCCUCCUCGCCCGGCCCCACUGCUCCUACUGCUGCUCCUGGGGGAAGCUAACGGGCUCUUCCCGGAGGAGCCGCCGCCGCUCAGCGUGGCCCCCAGGGACUACCUGAACCACUACCCCGUGUUCGUGGGCAGCGGGCCAGGACGCCUGACCCCAGCAGAGGGUACUGACGACCUCAACAUCCAGCGGGUCCUGCGUGUCAACAGGACGCUGUUCAUCGGGGACAGGGACAACCUGUACCGGGUGGAGCUGGAGCCCUCCACCACCACGGAGCUGCGGUACCAGCGGAAACUGACCUGGCGCUCCAACCCCAGUGACAUCAACGUGUGUCGGAUGAAGGGCAAGCAGGAGGGCGAGUGUCGGAAUUUUGUAAAGGUGCUGCUACUUCGCGACGAAUCCACGCUCUUCGUGUGCGGUUCCAAUGCCUUCAACCCCGUGUGCGCCAACUACAGCAUGGACACACUGCAGCCCCUCGGGGACAAUAUCAGCGGCAUGGCCCGUUGCCCAUACGAUCCGAAACAUGCCAACGUUGCCCUCUUCUCUGAAGGGAUGCUCUUCACAGCCACCGUCACCGACUUCCUCGCCAUCGACGCUGUCAUCUACCGCAGCCUGGGAGACCGGCCCACUCUGCGGACAGUGAAACACGACUCCAAGUGGUUCAAGGAGCCCUACUUUGUCCAUGCGGUGGAGUGGGGCAGCCACAUCUACUUCUUCUUCCGGGAGAUCGCGAUGGAGUUCAACUAUCUGGAGAAGCCCCGGGCGAGGUUCCUGGCUUUGAAGGUGGUCGUGUCGCGCGUGGCCCGGGUGUGCAAGAAUGACGUGGGAGGCUCCCCUCGCGUGCUGGAGAAGCAGUGGACGUCCUUCCUGAAGGCGCGGCUCAACUGCUCUGUGCCCGGCGACUCCCACUUCUACUUCAACGUGCUGCAGGCCGUCACGGGCGUGGUCAGCCUGGAGGGCCGACCCGUGGUCCUGGCUGUUUUCUCCACCCCCAGCAACAGCAUCCCCGGCUCGGCCGUCUGUGCCUUCGACAUGACGCAGGUGGCUGCUGUGUUUGAAGGCCGCUUCCGUGAGCAGAAGUCCCCUGAGUCCAUCUGGACCCCUGUGCCGGAGGACCAGGUGCCGCGGCCUCGCCCCGGGUGCUGUGCGGCCCCCGGCAUGCAGUACAACGCCUCCAGCGCCUUCCCCGACGAGAUCCUCAACUUCGUCAAGACCCACCCCCUGAUGGAUGAAGCGGUGCCCUCCCUGGGCCACGGGCCCUGGAUCGUGCGGACUCUGAUGCGGCACCGGCUGACACGAGUGGCCGUGGACGUGGGCGCCGGCCCCUGGGGCAACCACACCGUCGUCUUCCUGGGGUCCGAGGUGGGCACCGUCCUCAAGUUCCUUAUCUGGCCCAACGCCAGCACCGCAGGCGCCACUGGGCCCAGUGUCUUCCUGGAGGAGUUCGAGACCUACAGGGCCGACAGGUGUGGACGGUCCAGCAGCGGCGAGGCAGGGCGACGGCUGUUGAGCCUGGAGCUGGACACGGCCUCAGGUGGCCUGCUGGCAGCCUUCCCCCGCUGUGUGGUCCGCGUGCCGGUGGCCCGCUGCCAGCAGUACUCAGGGUGCAUGAAGAACUGUAUUGGCAGUCAGGACCCCUACUGCGGGUGGGCCCCCGAUGGCUCCUGCAUCUUCCUCAGCCCUGGCACCAGAGGCACCUUUGAGCAGGAUGUGUCCGGGGCCAGCACCUCAGGCUUAGGGGACUGUACAGGUGAGCCGGGCGAGCGUCCCCGCGGCCGCCACGCGCGGCCCGGCACGGACUUGGCCCACCUCCUCUCCUACGGGGGCACGGACAGGACUGCGCCCCCGGUGCCCUAG